UACGCCUCCUGCUUUGUGUUGUCAGGCAGAGAAAGACGCGCCAUUCAGGGUGGCGUGUGUCCUCGUGCACGGUCGCAGAGUCGGCGCGGAGGACUGAAUCACAUCUAGUUAAUUUACUCUCUCCUCUUAAAUAGUCGACUAAUAUUUAUAAUUUCGUUACCAUGUCGGUGGGAGUGGAGUCUGGAUUCUCAAGCGAGGAGGUCUUAAACAGCCGCUUCCCUCUCCAUCGGGCUUGCAGGGAUGGAGACGUCGGUGCCUUGUGCUCCCUCCUUCAGUGCACAUCAAACCCGGCCGACCUCACGGUGGAGGACACUUUCUACGGCUGGACGCCCAUACAUUGGGCUGCUCACUUCGGAAAGCUCGAUUGUGUGAUGCGUCUGGUUCAGGUGGGCUGUGGUGUGAACGCGGUAACCUCCAGGUUUGCACAGACGCCCACUCACAUUGCUGCUUUUGGGGGCCACCCUGAGUGUUUGUUAUGGUUGCUUCAAGCUGGUGCAGAUAUUAACAAACAGGACUAUGUGGGCGAGACGCCCAUCCACAAGGCUGCUCGCGCGGGCAGCCUGGAGUGUAUCAACACUCUCUUGAUUCAGGGAGCGAAAGCUGAUAUGAGGAAUGCCAGUGGGCUGACUGCUGCUGACCUGGCCCACGCGCAGGGAUUCCGGGAGUGCGCUGAAAUACUCUCCAAUGCCCAGAACUUCCAACAAAACAUGGCUCAGUCUCAUAACGGGGUUUUUCUGAAUGGCAUGAGCCAGAAUGGGGGCCACACUUACCCCACCAUCCAGGGACGCAGCUUCUUGAAUGGUAUGCCCAACAGAAAAAGGUCUUUCGAAGGCAUGGAAGCAAACCCUGGAAAGAAGGCUAGAACUAACGGUUUUUGUGUGGAACCCAAAUUGCUUAACGGGAAUGGGCCACUAGAUGGAGCUGGAGAUGCGCAGAUGGAGAGCAUGAACAUGGAGCUGGCAGCGACUGUAACCUCAGUGGCAGGUGAAAGACACUGUGAGGACUUUUUCUCAAACGGCCCAACAGCAGAAAUCCUCCUUGACCACCACAUCCACAGCGGCUCACCUGAGAUCAUUAGCACUGGAGGCAGUCAGGUGGAGCACCUGAAGUCUGUGAAAGCGGAGCAGUUCUAUGACCACACCCUCUUCAGCACCAUGCUUCUUUACCAUGGAUCCUAAAAUACAAAAGUGAUCUUCCUGACACCUCUUCCUUUUUGCCUGAAACUCAUCUAAGCCUAAACAAGCAUUCAUUCGCCUUAAAGCCACAGAGUGGUCACGAUCAUUGAAUUUCUUUGUUAUUAACAGCAGAGCCACUGUUCUGGAUGGGUCUGAAACUGCAUUAAUAAAGCAGCGUAAAAAGUGGAUUUUUGUGUUGUUAAAGACAAAAAAAGUUAAUGUUUAGUUCUUGUUGUGAUUUAUGCUACAAAUAGCAGUUUUCUUUGAAUACACUAAAGUAAGCAUUUGAGAUGAACCACUGCCAGUGCUGAAAUUUUGUUUGUCUCAAUAUGUUAAAAAAUGGAAACACAUAAGAUGUAAUUCAUUAAAAAAAGGCUUUCCAAAGUUUGA